ACAACAAGGAUAAGAUUGAUUAUUUCUAAUUUAAAAGGUAAAUGUUACUUUAAUUUGGCUCAGUAACUCGCGCGCGCGCCCUCAGCCAUGUUGUAUGUCGUGGCGCUCCUGGCCGUGGCCCUCGCGGCGUUGUACUACUGGUCCAUCAGCAAGUACGACUACUGGAAGAAGAAGAAUAUCAAGUACCCCGAGCCGACGGCAUUGUUCGGAAACUACCGCGAGUAUCUCCUGCAGAGGCACGACCUCGGCGAGGUCACGCAGGGCAUUUGCAAGCAGUUUCCGGACGAGCCGCUCAUCGGCGCCUACUACGGAACCCAGCCCGUCGCCAUCGUGCAGGAGCCCGAGCUGCUCAAGCUGAUCCUCGCCAAGGACUUCUACCACUUCAGCGGCAGAGAGGUCUCCGACCACACCCACAAGGAGAUCUUGACCAGGAACAUGUUCUUCACGAGCGGAGACAACUGGAGGGUGCUGCGACAGAACCUCACACCGCUUUUCUCCUCAGCCAAGAUGAAGAGCAUGUUUCAUUUGAUAGAAAAGUGUUCGCGCGACUUCGAAAAGUGUUUGGAGGAAGAGUGUGCGAUGAGUGACGCGGUAGAAGUGCGGACGCUGAUGGCUCGCUUUACCAUGGACUGCAUCGGCGCCUGCGCGUUCGGUCUCAACACGGACGUGCUGCAAAAGAACUCCGAGAGCAAUCCAUUCAGGCAGAUCGGUGAAAAAAUAUUCGAGGUGUCGACAGUCAGAGGCUUUCUUACCGCUUUCAGAUCAAUACUGCCGACUGCAUUCUAUGCCGUAGGUCUGAAGGUAUUCCCGAUAAGAAUCUUCAACUUCUUCCAGACAGUACUGAUGUCUGUGAUCAGGGAGCGCAGCCUACAGGAAUCUUCUCGUCAAGACUUUGUGGACAUGAUCCUGGCUUUGAAGAAGGAGAAGUAUAUUACUGGUGACAGUCUGAAGAAUAUGAAAGAUGGGUCAGAAAAGUUGCAGAUAAAAGUGGACGAUGAGUUUCUGGUGGCGCAGUGCGUGAUGUUCUUCGCGGCUGGGUUCGAGACUUCUUCGACCACGACCUCGUUCACCCUGCUGGAGCUGGCGAAGCACCCCGAGCACCAGCAGCGGGUCAUCGACGAGGUGGACGCCUACCUGGCCUCGCGCGGGGAGGUGCAGUACGACUGCACCACCGAGCUACCCUUCCUCGAGAGCUGCAUAGCUGAAGCCCUCCGCCUGUACCCCACGCUGGCAGUCAUAACUCGUGACGUCACCGAAGACUACACAUUCCCCAAUGGCUUGAAACUCGAGAAGGGCCUCCGUGUCCACAUUCCUCUGAGACAUAUUCAAAGGAAUCCGAAGUAUUUCUCGAAUCCCGAUGAGUUCCUGCCAGACCGGUUCUCCCCGGAAGAGAAGAAGAAGAUCGCACCCUACACUUACUUCCCAUUCGGCGAGGGACCUAGGAUAUGCAUAGGAAUGCGGUUCGCCAAGAUGCAGAUGAUGGCGGGUCUGGUGACCCUGUUCAAGAGCUACCGAGUGGAGCUGGCGCCCGACAUGCCCACGGAGGUGUCGUACUCCUCCACGGCCAUGGUCACCCAGUUCACCACCGGCAUCAAGCUGAUACUGGUGCCUCGUGUGAAGACCGCUAAUUAGAUGGGUCUAAAGGCGGCGACUGACCAGAAGGGUUACUCUAUAUUGAGGAAAAACGAAUG